UCAAACAAUUCAAGUUAGGCGUCAAUGGGCUAUUGUUCCGCACUCGCCGUUUUCGGGCAUGCAGUUUCACCGCCGAAGCUUAAUUCAGAAUACAAGGCUUCUUCCUCUUCUUCAUACCGAAGGAGGACAAUUUCUCUAUUAAAACAAUGCAAACACAUCAAUCAAAUCCAAUCAAUACACGCCCAGAUCAUAAGAAACGCCCAUGAAAAAAACCCAUUUAUUAUUUUUGAGCUUAUUCGUCUUUCCUCCAUUUUCAACUCCAUUGACUAUGCGUUCAAGAUUUUUCAACACACCCACGACCCAAAUAUCUACCUUUACACUGCUAUGAUUGAUGGGUUCGUCUCUGCAGGUUCUUACAUUGAUGGGAUUUACUUAUAUAAUCGAAUGAUUAACCAUUCAAUUUUACCCGAUAAAUAUGUCGUUACUUCAGUCUUAAAGGCUUGUGGGUUUGAGUUGGCUUUUAGUGAGGGUAGACAGGUUCAUGGCCAGGUUUUCAAACUUGGGCUUGGCUCAAAUAGAUCGAUAAUGUUGAAAUUGAUUGAGUUUUAUGGUAAGUGUGGAGAAUUUAAAGCUGUGAUACAAUUAUCUGAUGAAAUGCCUGAACGAGACGAUGCUGUUGCGUUGACGGUUGUGAUGACUUGUUAUGUUGAUCAUGGAUUAGUUGAGAAAGCUAUUGAUGUUUUCAAUCGGGUUAAGGUGAAGGACAUGGUGUGUUGGACGGCUAUGAUUGAUGGGUUGAUUAGGAAUGGGGAGAUGAGUAGAGCACUGGAUGUCUUUAGGGAAAUGCAAAGGGAGAAAGUGAGGCCCAAUGAAGUCACCAUUGUUUGUGUCUUAUCCGCGUGUUCACAAUUGGGAGCAUUAGAGCUUGGAAAAUGGGUUCAUGCGUAUAUGGGAAAGUAUCGAAUUAAGCUCAAUCAAUUUGUAGGUGCUGCUUUGAUCAACAUGUAUUCGAGGUGUGGGGAUAUUGACAAGGCAGCACUCGUUUUUCGAGAGAUAAAAGAGAGAAAUGUCAUAACUUAUAAUUCAAUAAUUGCUGGGCUUGCUAUGCAUGGGAGGAGUAUUGAAGCUAUUGAUAUGUUUAGGGAGAUGAUCGGGAGAGGGAUUAGACCAAGUAGCAUUACUUUUGUUGCUGUGCUUAAUGCUUGUGGUCAUGGAGGCUUGGUAGAUUUGGGGUUUGAGAUCUUUCAUUCUAUGAGAAGAGAUUAUGAGAUUAAACCGCAGAUUGAACACUAUGGAUGUAUCGUUGAUCUUCUUGGCCGUGCGGGUUUUCUUGAAGAGGCUUACAACUUCAUUAAGAGCAUGAAAAUAGCACCAGAUCGCAUUAUGUUAGGGGCUUUGCUAAGUGCUUGUAAGAUCCAUGGAAACCUUGAGUUAGGCAAGCAGAUUGCCAGAACUAUGCUGGAUUGCAGAUAUGCAGAUUCAGGAACUUAUAUUCUAUUAUCAAAUGCAUAUGCUUCAAAAGGAAAAUGGGAAGAAGCUGUACAAAUGCGGGCAAAGAUGAAGGCGGCAGGAAUGAAAAAGGAACCCGGCUGCAGUUCUAUAGAAGUAAACAGUGAGAUUCAUGAAUUCUUUUUAGGAGACACAACACACCCUCAAAGGGAAAAAAUCUACAAAAAGUUGGAGGAAAUAAUCCAAAUGUUAAAAUUAGAAGGGUAUUCUCCAUCAACAGAAGUGGUAUUGCACGAUAUUGAAGAUAGGGAGAAAGAAUGGGCAUUGGCAAUUCACAGUGAGAAGCUUGCAAUAUGCUAUGGUUUAAUCUCAACAAAACCGUUUACAGCAUUAAGGGUUGUGAAGAACUUGAGGGUAUGCAAUGAUUGCCACACAAUGAUAAAGUUCAUUGCUAAGAUCACAAGAAGGAAAAUUGUGGUGAGGGAUCGCAAUAGGUUCCACCACUUUGAAAAUGGAGCUUGUUCUUGUGGAGAUUAUUGGUGAAAUAAAACGUUUAAUUUUAUGG